UUUUUUAUUAGCAUUGCAACUAAGAGUGAAAUUUAAAUUUAUUCUUAUAUGUUUGGCUCAUUUUAUAAAAUGUGUGUGUCAUGAUUUUGUGACCACUAGUCUAGUAUUAUCGACACAAUUAUUAGAUUUCAUAGACAAGUCUCAUAACUAGUCACUGGAAAUGGGAAACAUUGAAACUGUUGGUCCAAACGAAGCACUGAUAGUAUCUGGCGGUUGGUGUGGCUCAGAGGACAGAAAGUUUGUGAUCGGGAGCUGGUGUUGGAAGUGGUGGCUCGUCACUGAUGCCCAACGAUUGUCACUUCAGAUCAUGACUCUGAAGCCUAAGUGCGAAAGUGUGGAGACGGCACAGGGAGUGCCCCUCAGUGUAACAGGUAUAGCCCAGUGCAAGAUUAUGCACGAACCAGAAUUCCUGCCCAUCGCUGCCGAACAGUUCCUCGGGAUGAGUAUCAGACAAAUACAUCACGUCCUCAAUGAGACACUCGAGGGUCAUCUCAGAUCUAUUCUCGGCACGUUGACUGUGGAGGCCAUAUACCGAGAUCGGGACCAAUUCGCGGCACUGGUGCGAGAGGUGGCCAACCCAGACGUGGGCCGAAUGGGUAUCGAAAUCGUGAGUUUCACGAUCCAAGACGUGUACGAUUCGGUCGAGUAUUUGUCAUCUUUGGGCAAAACACGGACCGCAGAAGUGAAGAGAGACGCCCAGAUGGGGGUCGCGGGCGCUGAGAGGGACUGCGGUAUCCGUGAGGCGCAGUGUAAUAAGGAGUCGAUGGACGCCAAGUACGGCGCCUCCACUAAGAUAGAGGACGCGCACAGAAUAUUCUCCUUAGAAAAGGCCAUUUAUGACGGAGAGGUCAACUCGAAGAAAGCUGAGGCACAGUUAGCCUACGAGUUGCAGAGCGCAAAGAUACAGCAAUCGAUACGAAACGAGGAGAUGGAGAUAGAAGUCGUCGAACGGAGAAAACAAAUCGAUAUCCAGGAGAAGGAGAUCAUCCGAAAGGAGAAGGAACUCAUGGGUAAAGUGAAACUCCCGGCCGAGGCCGAGGCCUACCGACUCGAGACCAUAGCCACCGGCGACCGGUAUAAGACGGUGGCCACCGCUCAGGCGGGCGCUCAACGCAUUAAACUCAUUGGUGCCGCACAGGCGUAUAGUAUAGAGUCGGUCGGGAAGGCAGAGGCGGAACGGAUGCGUAUGAAAGCCGCGGCGUAUAAGCAGUACGAAGACGCGGCAAUACUGUCCCUCACUCUCGAGGCGUUGCCUAAAAUAGCUGCUGAAGUGUCGGCCCCGUUGGCCAAAACCGAUCAAAUAGUACUGAUUGGCAACGAUUCGCACCAAACCAUGGAUCCGAUCACUUCAUUGAUCUCUCGACUCCCGCCUACCAUCCAGGCGCUGACCGGCAUUAAUUUAACGGGCACCUUGGGCAAAAUACCCGGUGCUAUCACUCAACAAAGUUAAGCAUUAUUUAAUCGACAAAACAAAUAUUUAUAUGAAAUUACAGUAUUGACUGAAAUUAAUUUUUGUAUACUUUUAAUAUUUAUACUUUACUUUAUAUACAAAAAGCUAUUUAAUUUAACUAAAUUAUAUACCGACGCAUAAGUGCCUAUGCACCACAAUUAUAAUAUUAUGCCAUUUUAUUACCGGUAUUACAAUCACUAUAAGGAUUUUAUUUGCAACUACUACAUUUAAAUUAUUUUAAUAUAAUGUACCAUAAAUCUCGUACUCAAAUUCAUGACAACACUAAUGAACAAA